AUGUCAGAUACUAUCGAUCAGGACAUGACAAUGGUCUGUGCUAGUUGCAAAGAAGAUAUAAUAGAUGAUAAUUAUUUUAAAAUAGGAGAAGAUAAAUGGCAUAUUCAUUGCUUUAAGUGCUACAAGUGUGAGAAAAAAUUAUCAAAGGAUUCAAGCUUUUUAAGAAUGAAUAAUUCGAAGAACUCUUUAAUAUGUUCUGAUUGUUCAAAUUAUAAAUGUAGUAAUUGUAAUAAAAAUAUUCAUGAUACAGCAAUAAUUCUAUCAAACGACGAGUCGUAUUGCAGAGACUGUUUCAGGUGUGUAAAAUGCCAUAAAGAUAUAGAUGAUCUGAAAUAUGCAAAGAGUAAGGCUGGAUUAUUUUGUUAUAAUUGCCAUAAACUUCUUCUAGCAAGGAAAAAAUCAUUAGAAGAGCCAAAAUUAAUAUCUCCUAAGAAGACUGAUGAAUUCGAUAGAGGACAAACGAUGAGGAAAUCCGGAACUAUUGAAAGGUCUGCAACUUUAGCGGUACCUAAAAGAUCAACCAGGAGACCAGUUUCACCUCAAAGAAAAUACGACGAUAGAGAUGAAUCAUCUCCAGAAAUAAAUUUCCAAUAUAAUAAAAAACAUGUAAAAUCGAACUCCGAAAGUGUUAUCCCACAGUACAUAUCUAAAGAUACAGAUUUUGAUGAAUCAGAUAACCAAAGCACUGGUCAUUCGAGAACUGUUUCGAUUGAUGAUAUACUUAACUCAACGUUGGACAACUUUGAUACAGAUGCUAAAGAAGCUAACUUACGUAAGCAUAUCCGAAAUGCUUCAAUUAAUAAAAGUGCUUCAGUUAAUAAAAAUGCUUUAGAAAAAACACCUUUACAAAAUCAUCCGCCAGAGUUUGAUUUAACAAGCAGUGCACACAGUAAUGAAGAGUUGUUAUUAAAAUCGCCCAAAAGACAUGGAAUAAUCGUUGAUCAGGAAGCUGUAGAACAAAAUGAAGAGAAUCCACCAAUUAACAACAUGAGGACACCGAAGAAUAGUGUCGAUCUUACAAAUGCUCCCUUAAAUAGUCCUAUGAAUAUAGCAUUAGAACAGCAUAAGAAAACUCCCAGCCAGGAUUCAAAUGGUCUUGGCUUGAAACUUCCUCCAUCACUGGAUCCUUUAAACUUUAAUUAUAAAAGGGGGUCUCCAGUUCAACCUCCAUCCCAAUUACCUCUACCAGAAAAUGAUGAAGAUAAAGUUCUCACUCUACCGAAUUCUGGAUCUCUUUCAAAAGUUCACAGCACAGAAUCAACUAAUGGAAAAAAAGUUGGCAGAUCAUUGUCAUUAGUCUCUAGGAAUCUUGUUUCAAAUUUAAAGAAAGCAAAUUUGUUGUCAAAACAACCUUCAAAUUCAUCAUCCCAUUCAGAUAAGAAGGAAGUUGAUGAUAUUGAAACACAUUCAGGUUGGGGUGUGACUUCUAAAAAGGAAAGGUCCAAACACUUCAAUACCACACCUCCUCAAUCACGUCAAACUAGUAAUAGGGGUAAGAGUGAUAGUACUAUUUAUUCUCAUGCCAAGGAAAGCUUUGGAAAUAAUUCAAAAAAUGAUAUCACUGGUGAUUCAUUACCUCACAAAAGAUCUAAUAGCGGUGCUACUCCAUUAAGCGCACCAUUACAGUCCAAUAAUAUUGCCAUGUAUUGUACCCCGCCUUUAGAAACAUCAAAUUCUUUUAACAGAAUGACAGCAACGCCAUCAUCAUCUGGACAUCAUUAUAGAAAAUCAAGUUUACAAGGGAUCGAACAUGUAGUUAAGGAAGAAGAGAUAAGUAACGGAAAAUUGUUAUCAGUAGAUGAUCACAAGAUGAUAGAUCCUGUCUCACCAGAUUCUAUGCCAAGAAAUGAUAACAUUGAGAUGGAAUUUGGUUUGAGAAGACUAAAGAUGGAAUUGAGAGAAUUAGAAGCAAGCAAAGUGAGACUAACAAAAGAAUUGGAAAUGUUGAAGAUCAGCAAAGAUAAGAUUUUGAACGAGAUUAGAGAAUUAAAAUUUGAAAAAGAGUCGUUGAUACCAGAAGCUUAUAACGGCGAUGACUUUGCGGACAACAAAUCUACAUAUUCUCAAGCAGGAACAGGAACUACACCAAGAAAACAAAUCAAUGCAUCUGAUCCAACUAAUCUUCCGAACUCAUCUUCAAAAGGUAAAUUUUGGAAGAUUUUUUCUAGUGGUAGUUCAAACCAGAAUUUAUCACCGCAGCAAACACCUAACAUGCAAAUGUCUCCCAAAUUUCAAAUUCAAAGAAAGCAUUCAGUUAGUCGGGGCUCAGUUUCUUCAGGAAUUGGCCCAAUUGAAAACAAAUUAGAUCUGGUGUCGUCAAUGCAAAAGUCACAAAUGGAUUUAAAUGAUAGUGCGCUAAUUUCUUCUUCUUUGCGUGCUUCUCCAUCACACCAGUCGUCAUUAAGUUCUGAUAACGGUGAGCUAUUGUUUGGGUCAUCUUUAGUAAAAAGAUGUGCUUAUGAAGGUACUGAGAUACCUUUAAUUAUCACUACCUGUUUUAGCAUUAUUGAAAAGAAUGAGACAAAUCUAAGAACUGAAGGUAUAUAUAGGAAGACAGGGUCACAAUUAUUAAUCGAAGAAAUAGAAAAGGAGUUUUGUAAUGUAAGAAACCUUCAUGAUAUUUCUGAUGCAUUGGACGAGUUAUUACUUCGUGAUGUCCAUGCUGUGGCCAGUGUUUUAAAGAGAUAUUUAAGAAGAUUACCCAAUCCUGUGAUUACCUACCAGAUAUAUGAACCCUUGAUGAAAUUGGUAAGGGAUAAUGAUUUAAUGGCCCAACUACCUAAUAAUGAGGACCAGAUGGAUCAUCCUUCAUUUAAGCAAACUGUCCUAUCAAUCAACAGUAUUCUAGCAGGUAUACCUAUUGAGCAUUUUGAUUUAUUAAAGGUAUUAUCCCAACAUUUGUCUACUGUUGCCAAUUAUCACGAGUAUAAUUUGAUGACAGUGUACAAUUUGGCACUUGUGUUUGCACCUGGAUUAAUACACGACGUGACGGGAGAGAAAGAUAUAAUUGACAUGAAGUUACGCAAUUAUAUCGUUGAAUUCAUUAUCAAGAACCAUAAAAGCAUUUUUUUACUAUAG